AUGGUGACUCACAGUGCCCUGUGUCACUGUACAGAGGAGGAGUGCACAGGCUGCUGUGUGAUGCUCUGUGAUGGUGACUCACAGUGCCCUGUGUCUCUGUACAGAGGAGGAGUGGGACAGGCUGCUCGAGCUCUCGCCGCUCUUCCAGCUCCUCAGACGGGUGGAGCAGCAGCUGAGGGGCGGAGCCAAAGAAGCAGGGCUACUCAGGGGAGGGGCCCAUGGCAGGGGGCAACCUUUCCUGGACCUGCUGGACGCGCAGCUGGAGUGUGAGGGGGAGCUCAUUCCUCUUGACUUGAGAACAUUGAGUCCUAGGGAGUUUUUGGUGUAUCAGCACGGGCUGUUCCUCCUCCAGGCACUCCACACCCAUUCUCAGAUGCCCAAUGUUACCCUCCGAGUUGCCACCAGCCUUCCCACAAAUAACUACCACCACAAUGCCUUCCGAAACUCCUUCCUUUACCAGGAGGCAGAACAGACGCUGUUUGUGAGGCGGCAGCGGCUGCGGUCUGCGGGGGGGUUCUCCCUGCUGCUGCUGCACUGCAUGUCUCAUAUUGCAUCUGGAGACAUGAGCCUCGACGCUAGCCCCGCCUUCCAGAGGACGUUCCAUACGGUACUGGAAGUGUGCCUCAGUGAGCUGUUCCUGACCAGACUGGGCACUCCGCCAACUGUGAGGGAGAAGCCCGCAGAGGAGGAUGUGGGUGGGGGCGUUUUCAAUGACCUUCAUUCCCAGCCAGCCAUCGACCUUUUGAUAAAGCGGAUGCAGAGACCAGCCAGCAUGCUUCUUUCUGAAGAUCUGCUGCAGGAGCAUCUGGCCAAGUGGAGGGAGGAGUCUGCCUUCCGGCGGGCGGAGAGCCUGAUACGGCAACAGAGCUUGGAGGAGAAGGACAGAGGAGGGGGCUGCAGCCCUGCCCAGCCCCAGCGCUCGAGGAAGGAGGAGGAUGCCAAAAUGGAACAACACUGAGACGCUGGCAUGAUUGAUGGCGGUGUUCGGAAGAGGCCGGAAAUAUUCAGUGACAUUGGGGAGCUGGGAUGAGAGAUACACACGGCAGCUGAGAGUGGGAGAUUACAGGGUCAUGGCUUCAAACAGCUUUGGUGUGUGUGAACUUUAAAAUACAACGUGCGCAUUUCUACUCUCUGAGCAUUUUGUGUACACUGCAAGAACUUGUGACAUUAUCUUUAUUACUGAGAGGGAUUGCUAUUCGUCCAUCCAUCCAUUGUCUAACCCGCUUAUUCCUGGCCAGGGUUAUGGGGGGUGCUGGAGCCUCUCUCAGCAUGAAUUAGUCGAGAGGUAGAAAUGCACCCUGGACAGUCACAGGGCACACACACCACUCACUCACACAUUCAUACCAUGGGGCAAUUUAGACUCAAAAGGGAUCAUUCUUGAUACUCAUACACUAUGUGACUCAAAGGUAUCUGGACACUCCUCGGUUUGGGGUUGUUUUUCAUGGUUUAUGCUCAGCCCCUUAGUUCCAGUGAAGACAAAUCGUCUUCACAUACGAUUACAUUCUAGACCAUUCUGUGCUUCCCCGACAGUUUGGGGAAACUCCGUUGCUGUUUCAGCAUGACAAUGCCCCCCAUGCAUACAGCGAGGUUCAUAGAGAGAAGGGUGUGGAAAAACUUGACUGGCCUGCACAGAGCCCUGAAUUCACUUGCAGAACUUCACAUCUUGGCUGAGGGAGGCUUUCCCAGCCUUGUUAUGUGUACAUGUCUGCUGAAAAGCUACAGAAGAUAGUUUUCACUCAAUCCUUGCUAAUGCAACAGUGCAUCAGUGAGGCACUGGCUGAAGCUUCGGGACUUGGUGUUAAACACAGCAAUAAUGGCGGGAGGGUCUGCUCUGAUGCACGGUGGCCAUUGUCUGGAAAUUUGAUCUGACAGCUGAAAACAAAUUUGAAAACAAACAGAACCCCCUGCUGUAAAUGGUUUAAAUUGUUUCAGACUUGAACGGCUCUUUCGUCUUUGUAAUCUUUGAAGGAGGUUUUCUGUAGUAGUUCUGCUAUGUAUGUGAAACUUUUUUUAUAUGCUGUCCGUGCCCUGUUAUUGGCUCGGUCUCUCUUGUAAAAGGUAUCUAUUUAGCUUAUUUCUCACUUCCUAGUAAAAUAUAAUAAGAUUAUCAUGAGUUCCUAAUGAAAAAAGAAUCUUUCACUGAACAUACAUCUAUUGAUUGAGACUGAAAUUCAAAUCAAAAAAGUAAAAAGUGCUAGUUCAAAUGAUUGUACUCCACAAAUGACUCUGUGUUUGUUUAAAUGAAAAAAAAGUCACUCAGCAAAACUAUUUCAUCUGUUGCACCAAUAACACCAGGACUAGAUAAGAAGUUAUGCAUUUUGAUCAAUUUAACACUCAGUCAGAGAAAUUAUAUAUUCUGUUUGAAAUGUUUUGCUGAAAAUUUUACAACCUAAAAAUGCAAGUUGCUGUAUGCAACAUUGUUGGAGCUGCAGAUAAAACAACGGAUGACCGAUGUCACGUUGAAACAACUGGGGCAAUCAUAACCUUUGCAGGAAAAGGUUUGUAGCCACAGUUGUGGGGUUUUGAUCCUUUGGCUGUUUUGUACGGUUGUCGCCCCCCACUAGUACUCCUUGACCUGAUUAAUUAACCACAUUUGAUAGAGUUGCUUCAGUGGAAACUUUCAUAGCUUCACAGCAACAGUUUCCCCUCUGACUGGAAACGCUGCUCAAAUUUGGUGAUAGUUUGUAAAGACAGAUUGUAUAGAUAUGCCUUACCUUGGUUAAUUAAUUGUUGUUGUAGUCUGUAUUUCCCGGUCACUUGUCUUCCCAGUACUGUCUGUGUCUGUGUUCCCUGAGCUGCUUCACUCCCCUGUACUUGUGUGAUUUCACUAUUCGGGUGGUUCUGGGUUUUCGUGGUUUCCCCCCUUCUUUCCAGUCUCGCUUUACUUACUUCCUGCCUAUUUCUAGUUUUACUAAUUUCUACUAAUCCCUACUAACUUAUAGAUUGUAAAGUACUAACCUCGCUAAUAUACUAACAUGUGAAUAUUACUAAUAGACUAACACACACUAGUUUUGGGUUUUUGAUAGUUUAGAUCACUAUACUAAUACAUUAACCAGUCUCCCCUUUUCCAUGCUGUGCUGUAGCUCCGCCCCUUUUCUUUCUAGCCUGCUCUAACGCUGAGUUCUGCAAUUGCCUGCACCUGUCUCUUGCUCUGACUGCACCUCUCUCUCUCUGCACGUGUUUUACCUGCUUCACCCAGGCCGUCUAUUAUCAUUGUUGUCUAUGUGAUUCCAGUCCGCGUUUUGUCAGUCCCCUGUCAUUGAAUUAGUUUUCCUAAUGUUCUUCACCUGGAUGUUGUUUGUUACUCCUCCCUCACUCACUUAACCCCUCCUUGAUUGUUACCUUCCCCAGUGUAUAAAUGUCAGUCUUUUCCACCAGCUCAGAGUCAGAACGUUGAUCAUAUUCAUUGUGCCGAUUAUUUGUAAGCCUUUGUUUAUUGAGAUUCCUGCGACACCCCUUUGCCCGACUUCGAGUUUGCCUGCCCCUUUUGGUUUUGUUUGCUUCUGGUUUGACCUUCGCUUUGCCUUGACUUCUCUUUUGCCUGUCCCUUUGUACCUUCGCCAUUCUGAUCUCCUGGUUUUUUAUUUUUUGCCUGUCUUUUCACUAUUCUUUUGGAAACUCGAUUCGGCACCGUCCUCUCUCUGACUACCUGGCUUCGAACCUCGGACUGAUUAA